AUGGAUAUGCUGCGGAUUAACCAGAAGAUCAAGGCUGAAGAGUACACCGACCUGGAACAGAUGACUAAUGACGUUGCUCUCCUGGUGUCCAACGCAAAAACAUAUUAUAAGGAAGACACUCAAGCGCAUCGCGAUGCUUGUGAACUGUGGCAGGGGUUCGAGUCUGCGAAGGCUGCCCUGCUGGCUGCCAAUUCCAAGGCAGAAGAGCAGGACGAUGAGGACAUGGAGAAGGAGCCGCAGACACCCACAGCAGGCCAGGCUGAGUCGUCAGAAGAAGACCAUUACGAGGAGCUCUUCACUUCAGUGAUGACAGCCACGGAUGCCGAGGGUCGCUGCAUCAGCUCCAUGUUUCAACUGCUGCCAUCUAGAUCGUUGUACCCGGAGUAUUACAAGAUAAUCACCGACCCGGUGGAUUUGAAGAUAAUAGCGACACGCAUCCAGGAGGGCACUUACACCUCGUUGGCUGAACUGGAACGCGACCUGAUGCUUCUCGUCAAGAAUGCUAGAACUUUCAACGAGCCUGGCUCGCUAAUAUACAAGGAUGCAACUGCAAUGAAGAAAGUGAUACGAAUGAAGAAGGCAGAGAUCGACCAGAGGAAAAAUGCACCUGGAAAGUGCAGCGAGAGAAUACGGUCACGCCGUCUCAUGAGCCACCAGAAGCUGUCGGCCAUCACAGCAGCGUUGAAAUACGAGGAUGCUGACCCACUUGUGGGAAAGCCAGAGGUAGUUUCUCCUGCUGCUGAGGGGGAUGCUGUUGCAGUGGCAACAGUAGCAGCAGUAGCAGCAGCCAGUUCAGCUGCAGAAGAAAGCGACAAUGAUUCGAACACCGAGGACCCCGUCAACAGCCCCAUGUGGCAGCUGCUGGAGGGCGUUCGCAACUACCAGUGCCAAGGCUACUUCCUCGCUGAGCCAUUUGUCAAGCUACCAUCCAAAAAGCUGUACCCGGACUACUACAGAGAAAUUAAGCAGCCAAUAUCUCUCAACAAGAUUGCAGGAAAAAUAAAGUCUGAAGGCUACACAAGCAUGGUGGAGGUAGUGGAUGAUUUCAAUCUCCUUUUUGAAAAUGCCAAGAAGUACAACCGUCCUGAUUCAAAAAUAUUCAAGUGCAAGACACCAUGUGUCAGAGGUGUACUUGCUUCAAACAAGUUUAUUAAGACGAGUUCCUAA